AAAUGUGUCCCUUGGGGAAAAGAGAGAGAAUUUCGACAUUGUCAGAUUUUAGGGUUUCUGCUAAGCUUUUAGGAUUUCUGGAAUUUCAGACGAAAGGGUUGACGGAAUAACCCUUUUUCGGAUUGUUUCGAAACUUUCGAUUUAGGGUUUCCCCUUCUUCGUUUUCUUCGUCUGGGGGUUAUUCUGUACUUCGUUGUAAUUCUUGUUUGCAAUUUGAUUCCCGGGUGAACUCUUUCGGGCAGAAAAGAUUCUGGAUUUGGGGUCUGAAUUUCGCCCAUUUCAUUGUUUCUUUCUUCUCCUUUACAAUUUUGCCCGGGAAACAUGUCCUCUGCAAAAACAUUCGGUCUUGGAGACGCCAUUGUUGAAUUCAAGGAACACCCAUCUCGUCGUUCUCCUGGAGGUUGCUUGUUCUUGUCGAGCCGGAAUUGUUGAUAAACCCUUAUUUUUCUUCUGGGUUUUCUAGCGGAAGUUUCGUUUUUGCGUCAACGAAACAUGGGUUGUGUCUACUGCAAGUGUUGCAGUCAUUACCCUUCGUCAUCAUCUGACGGGGAUUCUAAGGAUUAUGGCGAAAGCGAAACCGAGCAGUACAAUGCCGAGAAGGGAAAAGGGGUUGUUAUCGAGACACCAUUAACGUCUGUUCACGUUCAUUCUCGCAAUUUCGAUCUGCUCUAUUCUGUGCUAUCGCAGCGAGGUUAUUACCCUGACUCGCCUGAUAAGGAAAACCAAGACACUUACUGCAUCAAAAUCCAGCUCCAAGGUAACCCAAAUGUUCAUUUCUUCGGUGUGUUCGAUGGGCAUGGCGUAUUCGGUGCUCAAUGUUCGAAUUUCGUCAAGGAACGGCUUGUGGACAUGCUGUCAGAAGAUCCCACCUUGUUGGAUGAUCCAGAAAAGGCCUUCAAGUCUGCUUUUUUGAGGACGAAUGAAGAGUUGCAUGAUAGCGAGAUUGAUGAUUCGAUGAGUGGCACUACUGCCAUUACUGUUCUUGUUGUUGGGGAUAGGCUUUAUGUGUCCAAUGCAGGUGAUUCUAGGGCCGUUCUUGCUGUUAAGGACGGGAACCAGAUUCUAGCAGAGGAUUUAUCGUAUGAUCAAACGCCGUUUAGGAGAGAUGAAUGCGAGAGAGUGAAGUUGUGUGGGGCUAGGGUUCUUAGCGUCGAUCAGGUGGAUGGGCUGAAGGAUCCGAAUAUCCAAACGUGGGGGGAUGAAGAGAACGAAGGGGGAGAUCCACCGAGAGUGUGGGUUAAGAAUGGAAUGUAUCCGGGCACUGCAUUUACACGUAGCUUGGGAGAUAGUACAGCCGAGAAUAUCGGAGUCAUAGCCGAUCCAGAGGUUUCUAUGGUUCAUCUUUCGCCUAAGCAUUUGUUCUUUGUUGUUGCAAGUGAUGGCGUUUUCGAGUUUCUUCCGAGCCAAGCCGUUGUAGAUAUGGUGGCGAAGCACGCCGAUACUCGAGAUGCAUGUGGUGCUGUUGCGGCUGAGUCUUACAAAUUGUGGUUGGAGCACGAAAAUCGGACAGAUGAUAUCACAGUUAUCAUUGUACAGAUCAAAAACUUGGUGCAAUGAAAGAUAUGAAAUGAGUUCUAUUAUUUUCCCUUUUUUCAGAUCACUGCUUUGCCUUGUCCCAGAUUCUGUUGGCUGCCAGAUCCAUCUUACUUAUUGCAAGCAUGGUCGGAUGAGCCGUUUGUUUAGCCUUCUUUCCCGGAAAUCUACACUGAAGUAGCAUUUUGUACA